AUGGCUUCCUCCACUCUCUCCUCGCACUCCUUCGAUCGAGUCCGAGACUGGCUGCGCGCCUCGCCCGACCCAGCACUCACCGCAUCGCCGCUCCGCCCGCCAACUCCCCCAAGAUCGCCCGCAAUCAUACCUCCACUAAAGCGACUCCGCGACGCCUCGCCGUGCAACAUGGAUAACGGCAAUCCCCCGCGCAGCUCCAGCCCAAGCAAAAGACGGCGCAAAGAAGAUGACUCCCUCCCUGGACAUAGUGCGUCGUGCACCAGUAGCGUUGCUCUGUCUGAGCGCACUGUCUUAACCGCGACGGGCAGCGCAAAGCGAACUUCCAGCCCGAGUCGCCAUCUUACAGAGCUGCGGACCGCUCGACCCUCAAUUUUGCUUUCACCUAUAACAAUGCCACCCAAACCACUGCCAGAUGACGCCAUGACACGCUUGGGGGGGCUGAGGAGGCGGUUAGGCAGUGCUCUCAAGGGUGGCUAUAUUCCAGGAGGUCUGAAGGACGCGAUUGAGCAGGACCCGGACUUUCGUCUAUCCGUUUCCAUGGAGCCUAUUGAAGAAGAGGCCUUCAAUCACGAGGAUAGCCGCACACUGGCUGACUUUGCGCUUGUCGACACACUACAACAGGUGAAGAGGAUAUUCCAGGCCGCCACUCUCUGCACACAGUUCGGAAGAGACGAGAACGCAUGGUGCUUCAGCGUUGUCUGGCCACUUAUUGGGCUUGCCCUUAAGCUUCACGGCAAGGGCAAGUGGCGGCUUGAGAGCGUGCAAUCUCAAAACAUAAAUCCCCUGUACCUCUCUCGCAUACCUGACCUCUCUACGCCGAACAAGGAACGCCAUCUCUUCCGUAAAACGGAUUUCUGCUUCUCAUACUCAUACCACGAUCCGCAUUUCCGCGCGCUAUACAACCGGCUGGAGGAAGUCAACGCAAUGCAUGUCUCGCAUACCACAGACAAUUUCACCUCGCGCGCUGUUCUCUUUUCGGGGAUUGAGGUCAAGCCAGAGAAUGGCGACCAGAAGGAGGCAGAGCUGCAGAUGGGCAUCUGGAUGGCGGCGAGUUUGCGGAAGAAGAUGGAGUUAGCAAGGAGAGCUUUUUCCGAAAGUCCUGUGUCGGAAAGCGAACCUGAGUCUAAUUAUAGAGUCGGCCACGAUUCGAACGAGACCCAAAAUCCUAGUAUUAAUGUAGAUGAUACCUCCAUUACAGCUUUCCUUGAACCCGCCCUCGCCAUUAUCGGUAAUGAGCACAAAAUCUAUUACGCCUACCCGUCUUCUGCAAUUGGGGACAUCUCGAUCCUUGGACCGGACGAAAAAUUCAUGAAUUUAUCAACGCGCUCUGUUCAGGGCAUCUUCAAACUCAUUAUUUUUUAUGCUACCAUCUUGGACUAUGGAUAUCGAGUAGAAUUGGAGAGUGGGCAAGAAUCGGGGGGGGGGACUCUGGGGCGACUAUUUGGAGAGGGUUAUUAA